AUGUUCGGUUACGAUACAAUCGUCAACGGCGCUUCGAUUUCAAUGCCCGCAUUCAUGAUGUAUUUCGGAGAAAAAGAUGCCACAGGCUUGUAUUUACCAUCGUUAUGGACCGCCCUUUGGACAUCCAUGUCCGCUCUUGCUCAAGCCCUCUCGGCCACCGGAACAGGUUUCCUGGCUGAUCGCAUCGGCCGGAAGUGGGUAGGCAUUACCGCGGGAUUGAUUUCCCUGGCUGGCGCUUCAGUUCAAUACACCGCCAAAACACGAAUUUCGUUGCUUGGAGGAAAGAUUGUGGGAGGAUUGGGAAUCGGAAUGUCGAUGGCCUGCGGUAUGACCUAUGCCUCGGAGGUUGUCCCUCCCAGGCUGGUUCCUAUUGUCCAGCAGGCGAUGGUGGUAUUCAUUCUUAUAAUGCAAGCUGUGGCCAUGGGUGUCAUUCGCAUUUUCGUUCCCGAUAUUACUGAGAAGGCUUUCCGUACUGUGUUCGCAAUCCAGUGGGCAGUUGGUGGGAUUGUCACGAUCGCUUACGCCAUUGCUCCAGAGUCCCCUGUUUACUGUAUUAUCAACAAGCGCGAAGAAAGCGCCAAGAAACUAUUCAAGUGGCUCUACCUCGAUGAGACUGAUCGCCAGGAGCGGUACAACCACCUUGUUAAGACGAUCGAAGAAGAAAACUCGCAACGGGAGGCCAGCCAGGCUAGCUAUCUCGAAUGCUUCCAGGGUGUCAAUUUCAGAAGAACAUUCACGAUGAUGUUUCUUUUUAGUCUUGUCAAUCUGGGCGGGGGUCCAUUCCUCUCACAGUCGAUCUAUUUUCUCAUCUCUGUAGGACUACCUGUCAUUCACGUAUUCGACAUUUCAAUUGGGGGAUUCGGAUUGGCCAUUAUCAUCAUUAUUGCAAGUGGUUUCUGUUCGAAGAAUGUGCGGAGGAGAAACACUCUCUUGUGGGGAUGUGUGGUCAACCUCCUUUUCAAUUUUAUUGUGGGAGCUUUGUACUUUGCCCAUGGGACAGGGCCUAAGUGGGCCAUUGCGAUAUUCAUGAAUGUUCUCAUUUCCUUGCAAUCGAGUCUGAUGCAAGCCCCCGGCUGGUCAAUUGCAACGGAGAUCUCCAGUUACCGACUUCGCGCAAAGUCGAUGUCCCUUGGAAUGAUGGCUCAAACACUCUCCACUUGGCUCGUAACAUUUGUUGUUCCGUAUAUGUAUAAUGUCGACUCGGGUAACCUGGGUGCUCGAACUGGGUUUGUGUUUGCAGGUGCUUCGGCUCUGCUCACAUGGGGCGCUUGGUCGAUUGUCCCAGAUACAACUGGAUUGUCGACGGAAGACAUCGACAAAUUUUAUGAUGCCAAGGUCCCGGCGAAACAAUUUGCAAAGCAUAAGAUGGCACUUCAAUCAGAAACCGAAGAUGCAAACUGGAAUGUUUAG